AUGGCCCUCCCCGCCGGGACCCCCCACGUCGCCGCGCCGGCCGUCGCGGCGCUCGGCCGCGGCUGCACGUGCUGCGAGAAGCGCGCGGACCUCGUGCGCGAGGUCGCGCGCCUCGCGGCCCGGCCUGACGUGGACUACGUGCUUGUGGAGGCUGCGGGCUCGGCGUACCCUCAGGAGGUUGCGGAGGCGCUCGUGGGCGACGGCCACGGCGACGGCGACGCAGGAGCGGGGCGCGCGGGGGCUGGGGACGGAGUCGCGAUCGACACGAUGGUCACGGUGGUGGACGCGGGGGUGUUUUUGGAACACCUCGCGGGGGACUUGGAAGUCGGUGAGGUGGUGGGGGGAGUAAACGCGGACGCGGACGCGGACGCGGACGCGGACGCGGGCGGCCGCACGGUCGCGGAGGUGCUCGCUGCGCAGGUGGAGUUCUGCGACGUCGUCGUCGUGAACAAGAUUGACACGGUCCCGGGCGGAGGCGACAGUGUCACGGCACAGCAGGUGCUCGCGGUGCUGCGCAAACUCAACCCGACCGCCAGAAUCGUCCUCGCGACGCACGGCCACGUCGACCCGACCGCCGUCGUCGGCACGGGCCUCUUCGACAUGGACCGCGCGGCCCACAGCGCGGGAUGGAUGCACGAACUGUCCGCGGCCGCGCCCACGCCCGAACCAAGCAGCGCCGACGCCGGCCGCGCUCGGCCCGCCCGCGUGGACGGCCGCGGCGGCGUCGAGAGCUUCGUGUACCGCGCUCGCCGGCCGUUCUCGGCGGCGCGGCUCGCGGACGCGCUGGAGCUGCCGUGGGACGGGCUGCUGCGGUCGAAGGGCUACUUCUGGCUCGCGACGCGCGGCAGGAUCUCGGGGCUGUGGCAGACCGCGGGGAAGGCGUGGUCCGGCGAGCCCGUCGCGCCGUGGCAGGCGACGCUGCCGCCGGACGCGCGGGAGCCGGGGGUCGAGCUCGAGGGCGACUGGGACGCGGUGUGGGGCGACAGGCAGACGGAGGUGGUGUUCGUGGGCGUGGGGAUGGACGAGGCGGGGUUCCGGGCGCGCCUCGACGGGUGCCUGUUGUCAGACGCAGAGAUGAGUCAGGGGGAGGGGUGCUGGGCGCAGAUGGAAGACCCCCUGCCGCCGUGGGAGGUCGCUGGCGGCGUGCACUGA